AUGUGGGGAGCAGGGAAGCAGAUAUGCGUGCGAGAUGGAUGUAAAUACAAGUGGCUGUCCCAGCACGGGGCUUCGUGCACGAGAAAAAGUCCAUUCCAUCCAUCCCACUUACAUGGUCUUGCAGCUGGCUUCGACUCUUCAGGUUCUGUGAACCGUCAUUUCAGUACCCUUCAACAGCCCAGCUCCAGCCAUUGGCACCCAAGCCAGCGACUUCUGCUCCAAGACAACAUGUCGACCACAACUGAUCCCUUCCCUCUGGCCUCAGAGAAGCCGUAUGGCGACGACAGUGCCCCGGAUGUCGAUGCUGGUACUGAAGCAGGUGCUUCCGGCGAUAGUUCUAGCAAUUCCGUCUCCAUUUCUCAGGGUGGCAUGAUCGCCAUCAUCGUCGUGGUUGUCUUUGUCAGUCUCAUUGGAAUUUCAACAGCCGUCCUCUUCUUCGUCGCCAAGAAGCGUGAAUGGAAGGUCAAGGAGACAAUCAGGAGAUCAGCCCGCAAGGUCGUUGCCGCCAUUACACCAAGAAGGUCCGAGUUUCCAUCUUCAGUCAAGGAUUCACACUCGCUCCGGAAUCGCACACGAAUCGAUGACGAUGUCCCCCCAACACCUGGAAUUCGGCCCGAGGAUCUCGAGAAGGGGCUGGCCAAAGCAGAGGCAAAGCGGAAGGAGAAGGGCUGGGGACGCAAGUGA